AUGGAAUCCUUGUUCGACUCCAUUGGCUUCAUCGGCCUGGGCACCAUGGGCCUGCCCAUGCUCGAAAACCUCAUCCAAAAACUAUCAGACGAAACGAACUUCUACGUGUACGACAUCUCCGCAUCCGUCAUGGACUCAUUGUGCGCGCAGUAUCCGGAAAAAGUCCACGCAUGUGCCAAUUCCCGCGAAGUCGCAGACAAAUCAAACGUAAUCCUCUCCAUGGUCCCCGAAGGCUCCCACGUCCGCGCCGUCUACCUGACCCCCGACACGGGCGUCCUCGCCGGCAACACCAGCCACAAGCUCCUCAUCGACUGCUCCACCAUCGACACCGCCACCUCGCUCCAAGUCCGCGCCGCCGCAACCGCCUCCUCCUCCUCCUCCUCCGCCUCCUUCUACGACGCCCCCGUCUCAGGCGGGCAGCUGGGCGCGCAGCGCGCCACGCUGACCUUCAUGCUCGGCUGCGCGCGGACAGACGGCAACCUGCCGGCGCUGCGGGCACUGCUGGGGCGGAUGGGCGCGGCCGUCUUCGCGUGCGGCGGGCCGGCGCUGGGGCUGACGGCGAAGCUGUGCAACAACUACUGCAGCGGGCUCGUCGCCAUCGCCACGUCCGAGGCCAUGUGCAUCGGCAUGGCCGCCGGCAUGGACCCGCGCGUGCUGCGCGACGUCUUCCACGCCAGCACCGCGCAGAGCUGCGUCUUGGACCGCUGGUGUCCCGUCCCGGGCGUCGUGCCCGGCGUGCCGUCGAGCGACGGGUACAGGGGCGGUUUCAAGGUGCAGCUGAUGCGGAAGGAUUUCGGGUUGGCGGUGGAUGCGGCGAGGAGGUUGGGGGUGAGGCUGGUGUUGGGGGAGAAGGGGUUGGAGACGUAUACCGCGACGGUGGAUGAUGCGAGGUGUAGGGAUUUGGAUUCUAGGGUUGUGUAUCGCUACUUGGGUGGACGGGAGGAUUGGAAGAAGGACUUUGAUGACGUUGAUUGA